AUGGCUAUGGGAGUCGAACUGAUGGUGAUAAAAAAAUCCCCAAAAGAUGAAACGUCCCUGUGGGUUGUAACUAGAGGAAUGGUGGUGGUGAUGGUGAUGACAGGAAGCUACGUUUUACAAGGCAAGGAGUGGGUAUACGGUGUACCCUUUGAUCAAUGUGAAGUUGCAACAUGUCAUAAUUUCGUUGCUAACUACGUGUGUGCCAAGGAUCCCGGAUGCGACAAGAAUAAGAUGCCAGUUAACACCAAGUACACGCAAAGACACAAAAGCCUCCAGGCAAAAGUCCUCCGAAAGACUCCCAGCCAAGGCACCCGACCGAAACACCGACGACCCGAAACGAACGACUCUCCGUCUCGGAAUAUCCGCUCCUUAACCGAAGAUAACAGCCCCAACCACCCUACCCUGACAACAGGGACAUCGAAAGGUGGGCACAGAGCUCUCCCAACACUGGGAGGCAGGGGUCUUAAGGGCGGCUGCAGGCUCGGCUUGAGUGAUGUGACAGGUCUCCUGCAGUGGAUCUUCUCUUUCAACCACGUCAGGGAGAGUUUGCAAUGCAGCGUCGUUGAGUUAUCAGCCUCUCACCCAUGCUUCCUGUCAGCCUCGCCUGUCUCCCGCCAGCGACUCACCUGCCUCUCUGUCUCGCCCGCGCAGGUGUCAGCCAUGGACGGGGACGUCAGCGACGAGAGCCGCCUCGUCUACACGCUGACGGGUGACGGCGUCGCGACCGUCAACAGCAGCUUCUCCGUCAGCGACAACUCCGGCCACAUCCACCUCCUCAGGCCCCUGGACAGAGACGCGCCGACGGGGAGGGCCCGCUGGGAGCUCCAGGUCUCGGCCACCGACGGCGUCCACGAGGCCACGGCGCUCGUCCACGUCAACGUCAAGGACAUCAACGACAACGCGCCCUUCUUCCCGUCGCCGGUCAUCAACGGCACGGUGCCGGAGAACGCCAAAGCCGGCUCCGAAGUGACGCAGGUGUCGGCCACCGACUACGACGACCCGCUGGAGAGCACCAACGCCGUCUUGACCUACGCCGUCGAGAGAACGUCAUUGACGAGGUGUCCGGGCAGCGAUCUUCACCAUCGACCCCAACACGGGAAGCCGAUCUUCACCAUCGACCCCAACACGGGAAGGAUAACGACUGCCCUCUGCUGCCUGGACCGGGAGAAGACGCCAACUUACGCCAUCCAGGUCGUGGCUUCUGACGGAGGGGGUCUCAAAGGAACAGGCACGGUGCUCGUGGUCGUGGGCGACGAGAACGACGUGUCCCCCAAGUUCUCGAGGUCCGAGUGGCUACUGACGGUGCACGAGUCGGUGCCCCUCAACACGUCUCUCGCCUCCCUCACCGUCGACGACCCCGACGUCACCAACGACUUCGCCUUUAGGGUAGUGAAGGGAAGCGGCCACGGCUGGGAGAGGUUCCGCGUGGUUCCCUCGGGCAACGGCAGCGGGUCCCUGCAGGCUGUGAGGAAGCUGGACUUCGAGGACCCUGUGCAGAGGCAGGGCUUCAAGUUCAGGGUCCAGGUGUCGGAUCAGGGCGACUCCAACUGGGAGAGCAGCAAGCACGUGGACUCGGCGUGGGUGCUGAUCAAGCUCCUGGACGACAACGACAACGCGCCGCAGCUCUCCACGGAGCUCGUCAACCUCACGCUCCCCGAGGACGUCCCCGUCGGCCGCUCGCUCGCCACCUUCACGGCCUCCGACAGGGACCAGGGCGGCAAGGGCGAGGUGCACUACGCGAUAGCGCCCUCGAGCGACCCCGGGCGGCGGUUCGCCGUGGACAGCACGGGCCGCGUGCGCCUGCAGCGCGGGCUGGACCGCGAGGCGUCGCCGCACCACACCGUCCUCGUGCUGGCCAUGGACCGGGGUGAGCCGCCCCGCACGUCCACCGCCACGCUCCUCAUCACGCUCUCCGACAUCAACGACAACGCGCCGCACGUGGCCAGCCCCGACGGCAUCUUCGUGACGGAGAACAGCGGGCCGCAGCACGUGGCCGACCUCACCCUCGACGACCCCGACGACUGGAGCCUCGGCCACGGCCCGCCCUUCUCGGUGACGCUCGACUCCCACGCGCCGAGGCACAUCAAGGAAACCUUCGCCGUCGACUUCGACCAGAGUAAGUGCCUUCCGGAAGCCCUUGUUGUCGAUUCCCUUCGCUGGCGGCUUCCUCCGUAG